AUGACUCAGGAUGGCAUCUUUAAAAGCAGGGGAUUGACUUGGACAUGUGAGAUGGCUGCAGCGCCUCCCAGCUGCUGUCUGGUGGCCUUCCCGCCUCGCGCUAAGGACGGCCUGGUGGUGUUUGGGAAAAACUCAGCUCGGCCCAGGGAUGAAGUGCAAGAGGUGGUGUAUUUCCCCGCUGCCGAUCACGAACCUGAGAGCAAGGUGGAGUGUACUUACAUUUCCAUCGACCAAGUUCCCAGGACCCACGCCAUUGUGAUAAGCAGACCUGCCUGGCUUUGGGGGGCAGAAAUGGGAGCCAAUGAUCAUGGAGUGUGCAUAGCCAACGAAGCGGUCAAUGCCAGGGAACCGGCCGCCGAGACGGAAGCCUUGCUGGGGAUGGAUCUGGUCAGGCUUGGUUUAGAAAGAGGGUCAACAGCCAAGGAAGCCCUAGAUGUCAUCGUCGCCUUGUUGGAAGAACACGGGCAAGGUGGGAAUUAUUACGAAGAUGCGGACUCCUGCCACAGCUUCCAGAGUGCUUAUCUGAUUGUGGAUCGUGAGGAGGCCUGGGUGCUCGAGACUGUAGGAAAGUACUGGGCUGCCGAGAAGGUCACAGAGGGCUUCAGGUGCAUCUGCAAUCAGCUCUCACUCACCACCAAGAUUGAUGCAGAACAUCCUGAGCUCAGGAGUUAUGCUCAGAGUCAAGGCUGGUGGACAGGAGAGGACAAAUUCAAUUUCUCUGAAGUUUUUUCUCCAGCUGAUGACCAUCAGCACUGCUGUGCAGGCAAAGACAGCUUAGCAAAGCAAGAAGAAAACAUCACUGUGCAGACUAUGAUUGACAUCUUACGGGACAAAGCCAGCGGCGUCUGCAUAGACUCCGAGUUGUUCCUGACCACAGCCAGCGUGGUGUCUGUCCUGCCCCAGAGCAGAGGGUCCCCGUGCAUCCACUACUUCACCGGGACCCCAGACCCCUCCAGGUCCAUCUUCAAGCCCUUCAUCUUCGUGGACGAUGUCAAACUUGUCCCCAAGGCACAGUCUCCCUGCUUCGGGGAUGACGACCCGGCCAAAAGGGAGCCUCGGUUCCAGGAGAAGCCAGACCGCAGGCACGAGCUGUACAAGGCCCAUGAGUGGGCCCGCGCCGUCCUCGCCAGCGGCCAGGAGCAGGGCCGCAGGCUGCGGAGGACCAUGCUGGAGCUGGAGAGGCAGGGCCUGGAGGCCAUGGAGGAGAUCCUGGCCGGCCCCGCGCCCCCGGACCCCGCCGAGGUGGGGGACCUUUUCUAUGACUGCGUGGACACGGAGAUCAAGUUCUUUAAGUGA